AUGCCUUCCAUCACUAUUACCAAAGACCGCAUCUCCUCUCCUCUCGAAGCCGGUCCCUCACUGCUUGAGGCAAAACAGCUAUCUCCUCAACUCACAGUCGCACUUGAUUACGUCUCCAGUCGACUGGCGAGAAAACGACUCCACCUCUCCCUCAUCGUCGUCCGCAAAGACACCCAAAUCCCACAACACAUCGCGUCUUCACAAGUAUCGCCUAAGCGAGCCGAUUCCCCAGGUCAUUCCAUCACUACCUCCCCCGCGAGAUCCCUAUUUGGUGGAUCAAGCUUCACUCGGAUGCCAAGCAAAAGCUCGCUCUCAUCCAUAUCUGAUACAUCAUCCUCAACUUCAUCGUCCUCUUCCACAGCUUCGUUGUCAAGGACGAAUUGGCCUAGCUUGCCCACCUCACCUGCCGACAGGACCGUGAGCCCAUCUGCUACGCCUGCGCAGCCAGCUUCUCCAGCUACACCAAACCCUUAUGGCAUUACGUUGAUGCAUGCGAGUACUUUGACGGAAAAGGCUGAGAAGAUAUUAAGACAUGUUAUCGCUAAAGCAGAGAAGAAGUUCUCUAUUGGAUCCGGCUGGCUCUCCCCCGCCCCAUUGAACAACAACACAGCCUGCCCCCUGACAAACGACCUCAUCCGCUGCUCUCUAGCCCAAAACGAAAUUCUCUUCUCCUCCGAGGGCCUCACGCUUCUCGCUCUCGACCACGUCUAUGCCUUCAAAUGCCAUCUCCACACCUACUCCCGCACGCUCACCCCCUUCGACCUCACAUCCGCAGUCGAUGAGCUCCGCCGCCUCGUGCUCGCCCAACAAGGCCGUCGCAUCACAAAGGGAUACCUGAUGCGCGCGUAUGCGUGGCUGGGCGUCAGCUUGGCAGCGCUGGUCGACGUCAACGAGGGCUACAAAGUCGCCUACGGUGGAAGGGAGAGGACGGGAGGGAUCGAGGUUGCGAACGAGGAGCGGAAAAGCCCGCCGCCCCUCAACACCAAGUUCUUGCUCCAGACGCCGAGUCAGACGCGCCAUCAUCAACAACAGCCCAGGAAGCUGCGCUUGACAAUCGGCUCGGAUCUCUCGUCGAGGAGUGCUCUUGGGAGGAGGGAAAGCUGCUGUGAGAGUAGCUGUAGCAGCGAUGACGAGGCGAGGACCUUGGCUAGUGUUGCGGUGGGCGAGAGCGCGAAGGGGAGGGAUUUCACGGUGGCGGAGGUGCUGAGGGAAGAUAGGGGGCCGCAUAGGAGGGGGGCGGUGACUCCGAAUGGGUACGAGGAUAUCACGCCUGUGACGAAAGGGGAGUGGUGUUUCUUGAUGGUAGGAGAGGGGUGGAAGGAGGCGAAGACUGCGCCUGUAGUGACCUGCUGA